AUUGCUGUCCCAUUCUCAACAGCAACGACAGCACAGGUGUUACAGAAUGCCACUCCCAGUGCCGUCACACAGCAGGCUGGACUGGUCCCUCUUGGAGCCAACAUGGCCGCUACACAGCUCAACGCCGCCUCCGUCACAUAUGUGACAGGCUCUGGAGCUGGUGUUGUGUCUGGUUCAGGAGACGGGCUGGUCACGAUACCAGAGGCAGGGAUGGUGCCUGGUACAAUCAGCUGCAUAGGCAAUGGAAUAGCGACAGCAGCAUCAGACAGUAGUAUGGGGUCCAUCCCAGCAUCGAGUAUAGUUUCUGCUCAGAGUGGAACGUUGUCAACUGCACUGACAUUGCUGACAAGUACUCCUGCUUCUGCCAGCACCGUAUCAAAGUCGGGAGUUGUCGCAAACCAGUCCCUGUCUUCUGUUCGUACAUACACGCCUAUCGCUCCAGCUCCAAGUCUAACCAGAGUGGCUACCAGUCUCACUCAAGUCCCCCCAAGCAGUAGUCAGUUUGUGGUUAACACUAGUGGAGCCAGUAACCAAACUGUUAUGAUGGACACAGGAGCAAACAACCAAGAGACAAGGGUAGUCAUCAGUGAAGUUGAACUAUCUGUUGAAAAGGAACCAUCCGCCAGCGACGCAUCCAAAACACAGAAUGAAGAGGCUAAGAAACGCUGCCACGUGUGUGACAAGGUGUUCUGUAGCUCCCAGAGCAUGCUCCGGCACCUGAGGGUGCUACAUGGAGUGGAGACUGGGCCCUUCCCCUCCAAGUGCGCAGUGCCAGGCUGCAGUGCCAGCUACCGCUGCGUGAGGGAGCUGGUGACUCACUACAGUGCAGUACAUCAAGCAAAUGUGGAGGUUGAGGACUUGACGUUUGACUCGGUAGAACAGUUCAUGACUUGGAAGCGACAAGAGGAGGCUGUGACAGGAGCCAAGUUCCCCAAGAGCACUGGUUCCAGUAAGAGUAGCAAGACGCACCAGUACCUGUACUUCUCCUGCCAUAGAAACGGCAGCAGUAAGCCUCAUCUCAAGCCAGAGGACCUCGCCAAGCCCAGAAAACGUCGGAAACCGCGCGGAUCAGUCAAACUCAACUCUGUCUGUCUGGCGAGGAUGUCUGCCAAGAUUGCAGCGGAUGGGGAAGUCACUGUCAGGUAUGUUAUGACUCACACGAACCACACUCUACCCUCCGGUAAUGUCCACGCAAUCGUGCCGCGCUGUCAAGAUGCAACACCAGAGGGACAAACCAAUCUGCCAGACAAAGAGGGAGAGACAGCUUCAGUUGUCACAGUGGAUGGUGAAGACAUCGGAGUAUCAGCAAGGCCCAGCGCACAUUCCAACCACAGUACCUCCAACAAGAGGUCUGCCGGCUUGCAAAAACAGAUAACUCAAAUAAACGAAGACAUUGCAAAACUUCAGACUCACCUAAGCUCAGAUAAGGUGGACAAAGUGCAGGCCAGUCACAUAGAAACGGUUGUGCAGGCUUUACUUGUCCAUUGUGGGUUAGAAGAAGAUGAGGAAGGGACAGGGAAGAGGAAGAGUGAUGUUGGAGAUGAGCAGAAGAUGAAGAAGAUGAAAACGUUACAUGUCUGUGAGAAGUGCGGGAUGCCUGCAGGUAGAGGUGGGGGGGCUGGGAAGAGAGUCGGCAGAAAGCCAGGACGGAAACCAAAACAGCAGCAAGACAGGAACGACACCUCAGGCGAACAAGGGCAACAGAAAGCGCGGGAGAAUCCGUACGCACGGCCCACGUCGUCACAAUGCGGCAGUCUUCGUUCCCAGAGGUUUCAGCGACGUAGAAAUAAAAUGGAGUCAAGAGAGGACACGGGACAGACACAGGACGUGGAAAUAGGUGUAGCAAAAGUGGGAGAGCCACAGCAAGAGCCUGCUGAAACAACUGAUGGAGAGACAGAAGUUAACAGAGAGAAAAGAGAUGAAGAACAGGAUGCCACCUCUUCCUCUAACACUGCAGACAGAUGUGAGGAUAGUCAGCCAUCUGAACAUCUAGCAUCAGCCUUACUUGAGCUGGCCUCACACUCACAACAAGACACUGGACUCUGAGAAACCCCAGAAUAUAUGACAGAAGAAAAAUUCACCUGUAUAGCUUAAUACAAAAUAAAUAAAACAACAGUUUUAUGGCAUAUUACGUAAUAUUCUACCUGGAUGUGUAACAUUUUUUUGGUAUGUUGGGUAUUAUCUCACAACUGUUGUGAAACAUUGACAAUUUUCAUACAAAACUGCUCAAUGGUCAGAAUAUAAAGCACACAGUCCAAAAAUGAUUGAAAUAUACUAUAGUAAACUGAAUGUUGCUGCCAGGUACUGGAGUGUUGUGUCAUAUUUUCUUUCCCACAGUCAACUGCUGGGAAAAAUUAACAUUUUCUUGUUAAAAUUUACUGUAUAUGUAACAACGUUUCUUUGUUAGUCGAGCGGCAUAGUUAAAAUUGUGCAAAUUCGUCUAAAAGCACCAAAUUUGGCACGCUUGCAGUUAAACCUAUUAUUCUAAGCAAAUCUAAAUACAUGUAUAGAGACAUUUCAAUUUUUGCCCGUGAGUAAUUUUCUAUUAUUUUUUGGGUAUAUAGCCAAGAAAAUCAUUUUCACUUAAAAAGUACAGUAUGGCCACGGACUAUGUAAUGUGGUAUGGCUAUGUAUUAAAAACCACUUUGUGGAAGAACAUGUUAUGGAAUAACAA